AGCGUGGGUCAGCUGAUAUAAACACGUGACCGCGUGGCUCAGCUGGGAGAGGAGAGCGAUGGCUGCUGCUGGAGGGAAAGCUGUGUACUGGAUGGGGAAGGACACCCUGCAGGUGUCGGCUGCUCUGUUUGCGGAGAACCGCCGGCGCCUGUGUGCGGGUCUGAAGGGUAGACAGGGGCUUCAGCCCAAAUCACUGGUGCUGCUGCAGGGAGGAGAGCAGAAACAGAGAUACUGCACCGACACAGACAUCCUCUUCAGACAGGAAUCCUUCUUUCACUGGACCUUUGGCGUGACUGAGGCUGACUGCUAUGGAGCUGUUGAUGUGGACACCGGAAAAAGCCUCCUCUUCGUACCCAAGCUGCCCGAGAGCUACGCUACUUGGAUGGGAGAGAUCUACCCAAAGGAGCACUUUAAGGAGAAGUACGCAGUGGAUGAAGUGCACUACACCAGCGAUAUAGCUGAUGUCCUCACCAAGAUGAAGCCAUCCGUCCUCCUCACACUGAGAGGGCUGAAUACAGACAGUGGCAGUACGACUCGUGAGGCAUCCUUUGAAGGAAUCAGCAACUUCCAAGUGGACAACUCCUUCCUGCACACUAUCAUUGUGGAAUGUCGUCUGAUUAAGACUGAUAUGGAGUUGGAAGUUCUGCGCUACACCAACCGCAUUUCCAGUGAAGCUCACAAAGAGGUAAUGAAGACUGUGAAGCCCGGCCACAAGGAGUAUGAAAUGGAAAGUCUGUUCAGUCACUACUGCUACUCCCGUGGAGGAAUGCGGCACACCUCCUACACCUGCAUCUGUGGAAGUGGGAAUAACUCCUCUGUUCUGCACUAUGGCCACGCUGGAGCUCCCAAUGACAAGACCAUUGAGGAUGGAGACAUGUGUCUGUUUGACAUGGGUGGAGAAUAUUACUGCUACACAUCUGACAUCACCUGCUCCUUCCCAGCAAACGGAAAGUUCACCCCCGACCAGAAGGCCAUUUAUGAGGCUGUGCUCAAAUCCUCCCGUGCCGUCAUGGCCGCCAUCAAACCAGGUGUGAAAUGGACUGAUAUGCACCGCCUGGCUGACCGGGUUCACCUGGAGGAGCUGGUUAAGAUUGGCAUUGUGCGUGGGAAUGUGGAGGACAUGCUUAAAGUUCACCUGGGAUCUGUCUUCAUGCCCCACGGACUGGGACACCUGCUGGGCAUCGACACGCAUGAUGUAGGAGGAUAUCCAGAGGGUACUGAGCGUGUGGAUGAGCCGGGGCUGAAGAGUCUGCGUAUGGGCCGUGUGGUGCUGAAAGGCAUGGUCCUCACAGUGGAGCCCGGGAUCUACUUCAUCAACCACGUGCUGGACAAGGCCCUGGCCUCCCAGGAGCAGUGCGGCUUCAUCAACAAUGACGUGCUGGCUCGAUUCCGCGGAUUUGGAGGGGUGCGUAUUGAAGAUGAUAUUGCAGUGACUGAGGACGGUAUGGAACUUCUCACCUGUGUCCCGCGCACUGUGGAGGAGAUCGAGGCCUUCAUGGCGGACAGAAGCCCCGAGAAAUCCUUCAGUCCUGCAGUCAGCAGCGAGAAAUUCUAAAAUCUCCAUGAAUAAAGCACUCCUCUGUUAUCUCGUUCUCUGCAGAAUUACUUCAUUCGCUUUUUGUUUCUGAUUUGGCAAAACACAGUUAUUGUUUUUAAAGGGAUUUAAAGAAUUUGGCACGAUGGAAAAGCCCUCUCCUCCUACACAGUUUACAUACAAUCAAAUGAAGGACCUGAAGAGACAUAAUCGUCUACUGUAGAAUUAAAUACAGUUUGAUUACACUUGUUUGAAUGGUCAUAAUGACCAUAUUCUGCUUUUCUUGGUCAGUUAUGCAUCGAUUAAAAUGUAAUUAAACUGUGAAUGUAUGGAAUUAAAAAAAAAAAUAGCACCUCUGAAGAAACCAAGUAGUAUUAACACAGCAGACUCUGAGUAUAUGUGAGAAGUUCUAGCAGAACUAAGUUAUGUAGCUAUAAUUCUCUGAUUUUGUGCUAACAAUCUGUGCAUAAUAUGCAUGUUUAACACAGUUCUUUAAGCAAUAAAUGCAUUUUCUAAAAUAAUGAAAAUAAAUAAAUAAAUAAAUGAUUUGAUGCUUUAUUUGUAAAUCCAGGCCCAUUUUUACUUUCUGCGAGUUUUAUGUUCAGUGCCUCAAAAUAUGAAAACAUGAGCACAGCAGAGACUUGACACUUGCAUACACUGCAGUGUACUGCCAAUGUAAAUUUACCGGUAAUCUGAUGUAGUAAAAGUACAUACUGUAUGUCUUAUGUUACCGUAUUUGGUUUGCUUGAUUUACAGGUUUUUUUUGUCUUUUGGCAAUUCAUUUCUUAUAACCAAACAGCCUUGUUCUUAAAUAAACUUUUUUCCAAGCAUUCUA